CUCCAUGGAGCUGAAUUGAUUUCUUCUUCUUCAUACGCCGCUGGGCUUACGCUUCGUUUCCCUCGAGUAAGUUCUAUCCGCACUGACAAGGCUUGGCAGGAUUGCUUGACACUGCAGGAACUGCUCAAUCUUAACAAACAUACUAAGCGAAGAGUUGGUGUGGUUCUUCGUGAUCACGAAUUUAUUUUGCCCAGUGAUUUGUUAAUGGAAUUCUGA